AUGUCGGCAGUCAUCCUAACCUUCAUAAGUCCAUCUGCCUAUGCCACCGACACCUAUCGUGGUGGGGUUGCAGACCACUCAAUAAUAAAGCUAGUUUCCAGUCUGCGUUCUACUGAGAAUGACGGGGAGCAGUUGACUGGCGUCAGUUGCCAUGACGGCAGCCGUUUGCUGGAACAGGAAUGGGGGGAAGGCGCUGCGCAGCGGUCCUUUGGACUGGACGGCCAGUUGAAAUUGGAUUUACUCUACAGGCUUACGCAUUUUGACAGUGCCACUGAGGGUGCCACUGGGGCGAGUCUCUGGAACCCAGUAAACUGCACGGCUCAGCAGACAGUGGCCAUCAUUAUUCCCUUCAGAGACCGCUACGACAAUCUCACCGUCUUCCUCAAGCACAUGCACCCCUUUCUGCGGCAUCAGAAGGUAGCCUACAGCAUCUACGUUGUUGAACAGGCAAGUCUGUGGUACGGAUACUAA